AUGCUAACAAUUUUGCCAAAAACAGUGAUUUCUAGCAUCUCACAGUCAUUUUCUAAACUUAAAGAUGGUAACAGCAGCACAACAAACGAGAACAACACCGAUCAAGAGCGAAACAGACAAGAAGAGAGUAUUAUUAAGUUAUUCAACUCUAUUUCCGACGGAUCAUCGAAAGCAUCUAUCGAAAUGUCCAACAUGUUCUGUUUCAUUUUCAUUGUUGUUCUUAGCUGCAUCAGUUACUAUCUUUCUCUUGAAAUUUUCAUCGAAUCAUCAGCUAAUCUUAUGUACAACUCUAACCACAUCAAUUACGUUUUCGGCAGCAACUCAUUCAUGUUCACCGUUGUUGGAACACUUCUGAAGAUUGCAUUAGCUAAAUACGACACAAUUUUUGAAAAUUCUAUUGUCAACAUCACACAAGACUUGAUCGAUCUUAAUAACAACUUGCCAACACUUGUCAACAAUUUCCAGAUGAUCAGACUUGGCUCGCCAGAUCCACGCGAAGUUCCAUUCCCACAGAUGGAGAAAGAAAUCAUCCGCGCAUCAAACGAACUUGUUUGUCAUGGUGUUUAUUCACCUCCUAAACCAGUUAUUGAAUCAUGUCACUGUUUCUCAGUUGCACAACAGUUCCUUAUCUCCACAUCUAUUGUUAAGAAGUACACAUCUAACAUGCAGACCGAACCAGUUACAUAUCCUAAUGCUAGUGAAAUGGCAUUGAGUCAACUUUGGCAGAUUGGUCCUGUUGAACUUUACGAAACAUUUUUUGGUCCAGCCGGUGAUUUGAUUGUUCCUAUUAUUUUGGACGGUAUUUCGAAACAAGGUGAUUAUUUAGAGAUCUAUGCAGCAUUUUUCAUUGUCAUCACAUUCAUUAUUUCUAUUUUUGUCAUCAUUUCUACCAAGAAAGAGAACGAACACUUGAAGUUCUGUCUGAAACUUUUCUUGCGAUGUCCACCUAAUUCAAUCCUUAACAACAAGCGAAUUAUGGAUUUACUGAGUGGUAAUUACAAUUUCAUGAACGAAGAUUUGACCGACAAACACAACUCAUUCUCAAAUGAGAUUGUGAACAAACUGAACGAAAUUGUUAUUGUUUGCCAAGAAGAAACUAACAAGAUCAUCUCCGUGAAUCAUUCAUUCGAAGAACUCUUCAACAUCAAACAAGAAGAAAUCGAAAACACGCAAAUCAAAGAUUUCUUUAUUGAUUCUAAGUUUGAAGGUGAUGUUUCUAAAGUUUUCACACAAAAGACUAACCUUGUUUACACUAACAAAGACAACGAAAAAUUUUAUCUUGAAUUCAACACAACAGUUGUCUCCGGUCGACGAAUCUUCAGUGGCCACAACAACACGUCAAACAUCCUCCACGAGAAGAUGAUUGCCGACGAGAAGAAGAAGAGCGAUGCUAUGCUUGCAUCAAUCUUACCUGCAAUGCUUGUUCCACGUGUUCAAAGUGGUGAGAAGAACAUCUCAUUCUCAGUCCAAUCCGCGAGUGUUCUUUUCCUUGAUGUUGUUGAGUUCACGCCAUGGUGUGGUUCACACGAUGCUAGUUAUGUCAUGCGAAUGUUGAACAUCAUGUUCAAAGAGUUUGAUGCUAUUACUAAUUCCCAUAAGACCAUGACUAAGAUCAAGUGCAUUGGUGAUUGUUACAUGGCUGCUGGUGGCAUCUUUGAUGAAGUUAAUCAGCCAGCAGUUCAUUCUAAAGAAGUUGUUGAUUUCGGCUGUUGUGUUAUCAAGAAACUUAUUGAAAUUGAUGAACGUGAGAAUGAAAAUCUUCGAAUCCGUGUUGGUGUUAACACCGGUGGUCCUAUUGUUGCCGGCAUCAUUGGGACAGAGAAACCAACAUUCGAAAUCUUAGGUCCAGCAAUCAACAUCUCACAUGAAAUGGAACAUCACGGUGUUGCAAUGAAAGUCCACAUUUCUCGUCCAGUCUACGAACUUAUAUAUGGUCAACAGUUUGACAUCAAAGAACGUGGUGAAAUUGAUGUCAAAGGGAAUAAGAUGUUCACUUAUAUUGUUGAACCAUAA